AUCAGUCAUCGUCACCACCUAUCUCUUUCUUUUCUCUACAUUCACCUUCAUGUGCUGUAUCACUGUAUAGGAAAUUAUAUGUUUUUUUUUUGUUUAACUUUAUUUAUUAUUUUAUCCAUUCCCGUAUGGAAUGGCUUACUGCUGUCAUGGCUUGGGACAAUAGUUGUUACCUACCUCCUCCCUGAACACCAAAUCUGCAUCGAGCAGCGCCGGCUCCCUUUGCCCAGAAUAAGGCGACUACCGAUGUACUACCUCGAAGAGCUUCGGAACGUUUUCACGACUCUCACUCCAAGCUAUGUAGAGUACAUACCCUCAGCGGGGUGGGUACCUACAUAGGUAAAAUACCUCAGGUAGACAGAUGGUUUACCUCUU